AUGGACGAACGAUCACGAGACAAAGGACAAAGAGGCCCAGUGGAAGAGGAGUCGAAGGAAGCGGACGGACGGAUGGAUCGGAGGAACGAAUCAAAGGAACGCAUCGGAGGGACGGAUCGGAAGAACAGAUGGAAGAACGGACGGACCAGCGAUGGAAUUGAUGCAGAUCGAAAGCAGAGGCGAAUAAGAAACCUCAACAAAUCGCCACAGCUCAUGACAAUGGCAAGAACUCGCAGCGAUACUUCAUCAAGUAUUUUCCGAGGUGAAAUCUAG